AUGGCAACGAAGUUAAGCGUGGAAGAUAUAUUGAACAAAGACUUAGAAGGCACUGCUGACACAAAUGAAGAGCAGAUAAAGAGUGAAAACGACGAAGAAAGCAGUAACGUUCUAACACUACCUAAAAUAAGCGAGCCUGGUAUCCUUCGCAUGCUGUUAAACAUAAAUACUGGGAAAGGUUUUAGAGGAAAGUCCUAUUUAUGGCUGAAAGCUAUCCACCGGCGUUUGGCUGGAAGACGAAACAUAAGGCGGCCUUUCUUUUCACAAAUAAGGCGUGAUAUACCAAAGGAAAUGUUUCGAUGUUUAGUUCUAGCAAUCAAAAGUUGCCGAAGGCCAUUAUUCUGCGAUCCGAAUUGCUAUGUCGUUGAAAGCAAGAAAAUGACAGUUGUAUCCUUUCAGUCCAUGUUGGCAGUUAGCCAGUUAAAGAAUUCCUCAGUGCCCUCA